AUGUUUCAGCGUCGGAUGCUCUCGAAGGACGACGAAGCCACUGGCAGUGAAGAGACUGAAGUCCGGCGUGAAGAUCAAGAAAAGAUAAACCGUUUCAGUCGAUUGCAUCAACGAGAGGCCGUGUUGGAAGCACAGCUCAAGGCGAAGCUGAAAGACAAGGAAGAUCUCGAGGAAGUCUCCGCUGAGCUUGACCUGGCCGAUGAGGACGUCCCGGUUCCAUACAAAAUCGGUGACUCCUUCAUGUCGCUUCCUCUAUCAGAAGCACAGGAAAUGCUAGCUGCUUCUACUGAGAAAAUCGACACCGAAGUGUCUGACUUAGAGGAGAAACUGGGAGCAUUAAAGGAAGAAGCACAGCAACUGAAGAUUGCGCUUUAUGCGCGAUUUGGAAAGAGCAUUAACUUGGAGACUUAA